AUGCAUAACAAGAAAUUUAAGGAUGCAAUGCAAAGGAAAGCUCUUGCUUCUGCAGCAGCUGCUGCUGCAUUGGAAGAGGCCAAUGCUACUGAAUGCAUAAUAAGAAAUUUAAGAUUGGAAAAACUAAAUUGGAGUGCAGCAGAAGGAAAGGCAAAAGUGAUAGGAACAUUAAUAGGAACCAAUGGAGCAGUGUUACUGACAUUUUACAAAGGAGCAGAAAUUAACAUUGGAUCAUCUAAUAUAAACCUUUUGCAUGCACAUCACAACCAAAUUGGAGAUGCAAAACCACAACAUGUAGACUUUAGUAACAAACUAUUAGGUGUUCUUUGUGCCAUAGGAAGCAGCUGCUCUUUUUCUCUAUGGUUCAUCAUUCAGGCUAAAAUGCAUAAAGAAUAUCCAAGCCAUCACUCAAGCACAGCUUUAAUGUCCACAAUGGGAGCAAUACAAGCCACUGUUUUUGCUCUUUGUGUAGACAGGGAUUGGAUCCAAUGGAAGCUUGGUUACAAUAUCAGGCUUCUCACCGCAGCUUCUUCGGGAAUAGUAACCUUUGGAAUAGCUACUAUUGUUGUUGCUUGGUGCAUAAAGAUGAGAGGCCCUCUUUUUGCGGCGGUUUUCUAUCCUCUCCAACUCAUAAUCGUUGCUGUCUCUGCUUAUUUAUUGUUGGAUGAGAAGUUAUAUUUAGGAAGUAUUCUUGGAGCAGUGCUGAUCGUGUGUGGUUUGUAUGUGGUGCUUUGGAGUAAGAACGAAGAAAUGAAAGAAAAAGCUCAAUUGAUGAGUAGGUUCACUUUGUUGUUUCAAGCGCCUCCGACCGUAGUUGUUCAUCCACGAGCGCCACCAAGCCACCCACAAACCACAACUGAUCAUUUCUCGAAUUCUUUGUUGUUCUAUAUACUGAUGUUCCAUUAA